CGAACUUUCAUCAAAACCCCAGCUUGCCUCCGCCAACGGGUCGUUCUUUCCAGUUACCUUGUUGUUGGAAACUUCCUAAUCGGGCAGCGGGUUAGGGUUGUGAGGUUCAACCGAAGAACUCAUCUCUAUUAUAGAUAUCCCAGCUUUCUCUGUAGAAUCCUCACAUCCAUCCAUUUUACCUGCCCUCUUACUCGUAGUCAACGCUGCAGCCCGACGCCCAGAGCUGGCGCCCGUUAUGUUGUUGCACGGAGCCGUGGCCAAGCCAGUCCAAUCGGCAGAGUGGAGACACGGAGCUCACGGGCAGGGGAACCACCUUUUUUUCUAAGCAACCUUCGAAGCUCCAACCUUGGCAUCUCGUCCCACGACCACAACCCCACGAUAUACCACCCCUCCAACGGCCGACGAUAUACGCCCCCUACACUCCAAUCUCGACCCUGCGCAACCCCAAUUGAUUGCUCAGAUACUCAGAAAAUAUGUCGCGGCUUGCGGGCAAGAUGCCCAAGCUGGCGACAGCUCCCGGAGCCCGGCCAUCCUCCUUCCCCUCUAUGCGCCCUAGCAGAACCACCAGUACACCGUUACAAUUCCGCCGUCUCGAGUCAACACAGCGCUUCAGCCCCCCUCCCUCCUCUACUUCCUCCUCAACCACCACCAAAAAACCCUCCAGCGGCCCCUCCUUCAAGGGCCAACUCACACAGUCCAUCACCAAGCGCAUCCAGCGCGAAAGAGAUGAUCUCAAACGCCUCUCCCACAUGCGCCCCCAAAACAGCCUGGGCAGGAUGAUGGGCAUGACCUUUGUCCUCUUCACCGUCGGCGCAAUCUCCUACUGGUGCGGCCUCAAAUAUCCCAAAGAAGCCGACCCGGCCUCCACCCUCCCCCUAGCAGCCACCAACCCCCCCAAGCACAACCUCAACCCCGCCCACCUCGAGGCCGCCUGGUCCGACUUUGUCGCCAUCGUCGGCAAGGAAAACGUCUCGACCGCCGACGACGUCAUCUCCCAGCACGCCACCUCGGAGUGGUCCACCCACCGCGCUGCCGACGACCAGAAGCCCUUUUGCGUCGUUUACCCCGCCACAACCGAAGAGGUGUCCGAGUUGAUGAAGGUGUGCCAUUACAGACGGAUUCCCGUGGUGGGAUACUCUGGGGGGACGAGUCUGGAGGGGCAUUAUACUCCGACUAGAUCAGGGAUAUGCAUUGAUUUCUCAAGGAUGAACAAGGUGCUCUCGUUGCACAAGGAUGACUUGGACGUGGUUGUCCAGCCUGGUGUAGGGUGGGAGGAUCUGAACGAGAUGCUCGCGGAGCAGAAUUUGUUUUUCCCACCUGAUCCAGGGCCGGGGGCGCAGAUUGGGGGGAUGAUUGGGACUGGAUGCUCGGGCACAAACGCGUACAGGUACGGGACGAUGAGGGAGUGGGUUUUGAGUCUUACGGUUGUCAUGGCCGACGGGACAGUCAUCAAGACGAGACAGAGACCAAGAAAGAGUUCGGCGGGGUAUGAUUUGACGAGGCUGUUUAUCGGUAGUGAGGGCACACUGGGUUUGGUGACGGAGGCGACGCUCAAGGUUACGGUUAAACCUGCUAGUGAAUCCGUCGCUGUGGCAUCGUUUGGGUCCAUCAGAGAAGCGGCCAACUGUGUCGCCAAGGUGGUAGGGGAGGGUGUCCCCGUUGCUGCGGUAGAGAUUCUAGAUGACGACCAGAUGAGGUUCAUCAACCAAGCUGGCGCUACGUCCAGAAGCUGGAAGGAGGCGCCCACUAUUUUCUUCAAAUUCACCGGUACCCCCUCGGGGGUAAAAGAGCAGGUGGCCAUCGUCCAAAAGAUCACCAAGGGCAGCGGCGGCAAGUCGUUUGACUUUGCCAAGGACGAGCAGGAACGGGUCGAGCUCUGGAGCGCGAGGAAGGAGGCGCUCUGGAGCACCAUGGCGGUGAAGAAGCCCGGGGACCGGGUGUGGACGGGGGACGUGGCUGUCCCGAUGAGCAGGCUGCCGGACAUUAUCGACCAGACGAAGCAGGAUCUGGGACGGUCGGGGUUGAAGAGCUCGAUUGUGGGACAUGUCGGGGAUGGGAACUUCCAUAUUAUCUUGUUGUACUCGGAUGCGGAGAGGAAGUUGGCCGAGGAGUGUGUUCAUCGGAUGGUGAAGAGGGCUGUGGAGAUGGAGGGGACUGUGACUGGCGAGCAUGGUGUUGGGCUUGUCAAGAGGGAUUACCUCCCUCAUGAGCUGGGAGAGAGCACGGUUGAUGCUAUGAGAAAGAUCAAGACGGCAUUCGACCCCCUCUGCCUACUCAAUUGCGAUAAAGUCGUGCGCGUCGAGAAGCCAGCGAGAGGGGAGGUUUCUGAAUGGUAAAUAGGCAAUGUAAAGAGAGAAAAUAACAAUUAAAUGUACAAUAUAUAUCUCUUGAAAGUCCAUCAAGGU